UUUACUUUUUCCCAAUUUUAAUCCAUAAUGAUCUCCCGAGUUUUUUGAGCGGAAGUGACAAAGGAAAUUGCAACCACGUGAUGAAAAAACUCGUCAGAAGGUACUCUACUUUGGGGGGGAAAAAAACAUCGCCUCAUCCUGGAUUCAGUUACUUUGGGGAAUCUAGACCUUCGACGAAGAUGUGGGUACAAAACUCCCAUCUCCAUGGUUUCGUAAUAGCCUGCUUGAUGAUCCAUAGCCAGGCUUUGAAAGAAUUUGGGUAUUUCACGUACAUAGGAGACGUAUCGUAUGAUGACCAAAAUGAAACAUUAUCAGUCUUUGAUUUAUCUGACUUUAUGACCAAAUCCCGAUGUGCCCAGAACUGUAUGAAUAAUCUUCAGUGCAAUGCUAUAGAAGUAUGUACGGCUGCCUCCGGGGAUACAUGCAGACUAAGCAGUGGAAGAAGGGACACGGGGGCUGCUAUUAGUGGACCCCUGUGUAAAAGAUUUCAGAUGGAUGAUGUGUGUGAAAGUGAAGGCUACCUAGACAGGACGACAGGGGUUUGUAUUUAUGACAGAGACACAGAUUGCGACUACAUAUCACAGACUACCCAGACUUCGGGAGUGUACAUCAUAAUAUUAGAUGGUGAACCCAAACAGGUAUACUGCUCAUUUGAGAGCGGGUCGUCUUGGACAGUAUUGCAAAGGAGAAUAGAUGGUUCUGAAGAUUUCAUGAGAAAUUGGACCGAUUAUGAAUUUGGUUUUGGAUCCCUCGAGUCCGAAUUCUGGCUAGGUAAUAAGUACAUCAACAAACUCACGACGGACAGCCAUACUAUACUGCGUAUAGAGAUGGAGGACCACAGUGGUAAUACAAGAUUUGCUGAAUACACCAGUUUUACAGUAGCCGACGCAAGCGACAACUAUAGGAUCCAAGUCACUGGUUAUUCCGGAAAUGCUGGAGACAGUUUUGGCGGAACCUGCGGUAUAUGUAACAAUGGAAUGCCCUUUUCUACAUUUGACAAUGACAACGAUAACCAUGUGAUCCUGAACUGCGCCGUGUGGGGGAACGGAGGCUGGUGGCAUAACGCAUGUCAUAAAUCGAACUUGAACGGACUGUAUGGAGAUAAUAACUACGGACAGGGCGUUAACUGGGGAACAUGGACAACAUUGAGUUAUUCCCUUAAAUCAUCCAUCAUGAAAGUCAGAAAACUGUAAUAUUGAUCGACGUAUAGCUAUCCACAAAUGGUAGUGAUUCUCAUUUUGGUGAUUUUAUGCCUCACCCAUUAUCGUAUUUAUAAUUUUUAGUAUCAUAAAAAAAAUUAAUGAUAUUUAUCAACUUUGAAAUGGUUACAUGUGCGUCAAAAUUUAAAAUAGGAGCCAACUUAAUUAUUUUUGUCCAGGAAGCGAAAAUUAUCCUGUUUGGAACUUCAAUAGGAUUUAUUGAACCUUUAUGCCUAGAGUCACGUGACACGUGUUGGACAUUCAUAGUAAUUGAAUUGAUGAAAAAUCAAGAUUUGUCGUUGUGAAAAUACUAUUUUGUACAUUGUAUAUCUCCGUCUUACGUGUACGUGGUGUAUUGUCUUUGUACAUUUAUAAUUUUACUCAACUCAUUUUCACUCUCCUCAUGUUUAACCAAUCUCAUUUGCCCUUUUGUUUAAAGUAAAUAUUUUUGUGAAAAGUUUGACUAGGUGUUUUUAAAGAAAUUAAUUUGCUUGGGGAAAAGCAAAGAGAGUGCUUUAGUUUUCUGUUUAGAUGAAGUGAGUUAUAUACCUGAUAUACCCCUUAUAGCAUUAUCGCACAAUUGAUCACUUGUUAGAUUGCAUAAUAGACGGCACGUUUUAAUCUCCAUAUAUCUGUUUAUUAUAAAACAAACAGAUGAACAUCAAGCUAUAGUUAGCGCGUCAUAGUAGGUUUGUUUCUCGUUAGAAUUUCAAAACACUUCAACUUUUAUAAAAGGCAAGAACU